UAAAACCAGCUGGUCGUUGGAAUCUCUAUCAAAACAGCUUAAUUAAACAACCUAUAGCCCGGUUUUAUUUUUCUAUUAAACCAAAAAAAAACAUAUUAUAUUAAACCUAUACAUUAAAGAUGUCUGCUACAAGAAAGUUACUUUUAUUGCCACCAUAUUUACGGCACAUUUUCAACCGAAAUAUGUCCACAAACUCCCAGCCUAUACUAUAUUCAUACUGGUCAAGUUCAUGUUCUUGGAGAGUUCGCAUUGCAUUGUACCUUAAGGAUAUAAGUUAUGAAAUUAAACCUACAUCCUUGAUAAAGACAAUCAGCAAUCAUGCUUAUACUCCUGAGUAUCUGGAAGUGAAUCCCAUGCAGCAAGUUCCUGCUUUAAAGAUUGAUGGACAUUCCCUAUGCGAAUCGGUGGCCAUAAUGCACUAUCUUGAGCAGACUUGUCCACAGCCUGCUCUCCUGCCCCAAGAUCCUUUGGCCAGGGCCAAGGUCAAUGAAAUUGUGCAGCUCAUUUGCUCGGGCAUUCAGCCCCUGCAAAAUACCGGGGUCCUGGAGGGUAUCGGAAAGGAUAAGAGCCUGGAAUGGGCUCAGCACUGGAUAUCCCGGGGAUUUAGGGGACUGGAGAGGAUACUAAGCCAAUCCGCGGGCAAGUAUUGCGUGGGAAAUGAGCUCACAAUGGCGGAUAUUUGCCUAGUGCCUCAGGUGCACAAUGCCAGAAGGUUCAAAGUCGACCUGAGCCCAUAUCCAACCAUAGUGCGCUUGGACAAGGAGCUGCUGGAACUGGAAGCCUUCAAGUCCACACAUCCCUUCAAGCAACCAGAUUGUCCGCCAGAAUUUGCCAAGAAAUAAUUAUUACAUUUUAAGGAAAUUUGAAACAUGCCAUUUUCAUUUAUGUGUACUAAAUAAGAAGUCAAAAUUAAAUAAAAAUAAAUACUAUGCA